UGGACGACUAUAGCAGUCCUUAAUGCCUGCAUCGAUUCGAUUUCGAUCCAUUCAAUCUGAUGGGUAUUAUUAUCAUAUCGCAUGCAUCAUCACGAACGAUUCCAUUCCACCAAAUCCAUCGUCACCUUCAAACCCUUCUGUCGGCUGGCGGGAGAGGCAGGCGCGCACACAGAAAGAAAAGCAGAGAGAGAAGACCGCGUCGGAAGCAGAGGCAGAGGAAACGACAUCAGAUAUUCAGAUUGUGCGUGAGAGAGAGAGAGAGAGAGAGAGAGAGAGAUGAGGGAGGUGGCCUCCCCCUUUGCCGCCGGUGCCUCCUCCUCGUCGGCAGCGCUGCAGGGCUGGUGGGACAACGUCAACGAGUCGCCCGAGUGGCAGGACGCCGCCUUCUUCUCCCUCACCGCCGCCUACGCCCUCGUCUCCGCCGUCGCACUGAUUCAACUCAUCAGGAUCCAGCGCCGGGUGCCCGAGUUCGGAUGGACCACGCAGAAGGUCUUCCACCUCAUGAACUUCCUUGUCAAUGGGGUUCGUGCUGUUGUAUUCGGAUUCCAUGUCCAUGUCUUCCUUCUCCGGACAAAAGUAUAUAAGUUGGUCCUACUUGAUCUCCCCGGGUUGUUGUUUUUCUCGACCUACACCUUACUCGUGCUUUUCUGGGCAGAAAUAUACCAUCAGGCUAGGAGUCUCCCAACAGACAAGUUAAGGCCUGCAUACAUUGCCGUUAACAGUAUCGUAUAUGUAAUUCAGGUAUGUAUAUGGAUAUACCUCGGAAUAAAUGAUAAUGCAACGGUUGAGCUUGCGAGCAAGAUCUUCAUAGUAGCUGUCUCCUUUGUGGCUCUUCUCGGCUUUUCUGUGUAUGGUGGAAGGUUGUUUUUCUUGCUGAGACGUUUCCCUAUUGAAUCGAAGGGGCGGCAAAAGAAGCUUUAUGAGGUGGGGACUGUGACAGCAGUUUGCGUUACCUGCUUCCUGAUAAGAUGUGUUGUGGUGGCAUUAUCUGCAUUUGAUCCCGAUGUAUCACUCGAGGUUUUGGAUCAUCCAAUCCUAGAUUUCUUCUAUUAUAUGUUGACGGAGAUACUGCCUUCUGCGCUUGUCCUCUUCAUCCUCCGGAAGCUUCCUCCCAAGCGGGUAUCGGCACAAUACCACCCUAUUAACUAGAGAGCUUGUAUGGUAUUAUGCUAAGAACUCUGGAUAAGCUGAAAUCGCUGAAAACCUACAUCUGGUUGGAGUUGAAUGCUUUUGUUUGAGCUGUUGUGUUUAUGGAAGUAUCAAUGCGUCAUCUUAUGAGAAAGAGUUCUGGGUGUUGAAUGGUAAUGAAUUUCACGAUGUUUUUUCCCCUCCUUUUGUGCUUGCA